AUGAAGGCGCGCACAGCGGUACCGCUGCUUACCUGGUUGAAACAAUGGUCGCUGAAAUGGAUGCCAGUUGAAGACCAAUAUACACAGGACAAGGACAGCACGGCGCCGGGCUUCUUAAAAAGAUACUGGGGAAGAGCUGCUCGAAUAGAGAUGUCAAAAAGGCUGCGUGUGGAGGAAGCUGCUGUGCCGUGGACCAGCGAGUGCAUCGACAGGUACAGCCGGUACGGGCCAGGGAUUGGAUGGAUCCUGCCAGAGGCUGCAGAGGCUACAGACAAGUCGCCAGAGGUGCGAGGUCACAUCAAGUCGUACCCUUCUACCCGCAUCCCCACGCCAUCAACGGUCGUCUUGCUUCUACUUGCAGCGGCCCCCUCCCCGCAAUGGCCAAAGCCAAAGCAGCCACACCGCCCUUGCAGUAGGGCUGAAGAACAAGGUCGCAAAGGCAACCUCCUCGCCAACGUCAUGUUGCCGAUCCAGAGCCCGAGCAAGUCGAAUCAUGUUUGUCUGGUGUGCUGCCUCCUGGAGUCUGGCCAACUUGCGCGAAGACGAGAAGUCGCCCCAUCAUCUUUUCCCUGCCCAUCCUUUUCUGGCCUUGGGCUUGGGCUUGGGCUUGCGAGUUGCUACCAGCCAUGGCCAUCUCCGGCUCUGGAAAGGUGCAUAGCUCUGUUUGACUUGGGAUUGGCCUGCAGUAUCAUCGUGAGGGUGCACAACACAGGCUGUCUUUCUUACACUGAGCCACAACGGGCUGCCGCCUACCUGAGAAGGGCUUGA